AUGAACCUAAGACAAGUCUUUGUGUCUGUACUGUUGUUUGGAGUAGCUGGCCUACUCCUCUUCAUGUAUCUGCAAGCUUGGAUUGAAGAACAACAUACAG